CGGUUCUGCCAAUGAAGGGCGGGAGGCUCUGGAGGGGGCCGGGUGAAUAACCUAGAAGCGGGCGACUUUGGCAGUCGGGUGUGUGCCAUGGCGGAGCCGGUGAGGAAGCGGGGUCGGUGGGCCCGAGGCAGCUGUGUCGGCCGAGGAACUCGGGGGACCCGGGGCGGCCGGGGCCUGCGACCUGGCGCCCAGCGGUCUCCAGCCCGGAGCUCCGUGGAUUCGGUACUUGUGGACUUGGUCAGCGACAGUGAUGAGGAAAUCCAGGAGGUUUCAACGACGCACGGCGCAGCGGACCCGGUCGAGGUCCCGCUCCCCGAGUCCCCCGGACCGGCCGCGCUUCGGGACGACAGCGACAGUGACAGCGAAGGGGCGGACGCACGGCCGGCUGGAGCCCCUCCGGCCCUGGUCAGGCGGCGGCGGCGGCUACUGCUGGAUCCGGGGGAAGCACCGGUGGUUCCAGUGUACUCCGGGAAGGUGAAGAGUAGCCUGCACCUUAUCCCAGAUCACCUGUCCCUCCUGAAACUGUGUCUCCCAGGGACAGAGGAAGAGGAGGAUAUGGCAGAUUCUAGCAGUCCCCAUGCGGAGGAUCCCCCAGUUCCAGAGUCUCCCUGGAAGAAGAAGCUGAGGAGUAAGGCUGAAGAAGGAAACAAGAAAAAGAAGGUGUCUCCGGCUCAGGACACCUCCCCUUUGCCCCCAUCUCCACCAAGGACCAAAAGCAGAAAACAUACCCGGGCACUCCGGAAGUUAAGGGAGGUGAACAGGCGCCUCCAGGAUCUCCGUUCCUGCUUGAGUCCCAAACAGCGCCAGGGCCAGGACCAGCUGAGCCAAGAUGAUGAGGUGGUCCUUUUGGAGGGGCCCGUCCUCCCAAGGAGCCCCCGUCUCUUCCCACUCAAAAUCCGGUGCCGUGCUGACCUGGUCAGGUUGCCUGUCAGAAUGUCGGAGCCCCUACAGAGUGUGGUGGACCACAUGGCCACCCAUCUUGGGGUGUCCCCAAGCAGGAUCCUCUUGCUCUUUGGAGAGACAGAGCUGUCCCCUACUGCCACUCCCAGGACCCUAAAGCUUGGAGUAGCUGACAUCAUUGACUGUGUGGUACUGGCAAGUUCUCCAGAGGCUGCAGAGACAUCCCACCUGCUGCAGCUGCGGGUGCAGGGGAAAGAGAAACACCAGAUGCUGGAAGUCUCGCUGUCUCGGGAUUCUCCUCUCAAGACCCUCAUGUCCCGCUAUGAGGAGGCCAUGGGACUCUCCGGCCACAAGCUCUCCUUCUUCUUUGACGGGACAAAGCUUUCAGGCAUGGAGCUGCCGGCUGACCUGGACAUGGAAUCGGGGGACCUCAUUGAGGUCUGGAGCUGAAACCCCACUCCUUAUUGGGAGGCCCAGCUCGACUUGGGGAGAAUGGCUGUCCCCUUUUGGCUCUAUAAGGGCUGGCUGGAGCUGAGGUGGAACUUAUCUUUCAGCUGAAGCAAAAUCAAGGCGUGGUAUCUGAUCUCCUCUCCCGUGGACCCUGGAUUUAAGCUGUUAGUUACCUGCUUAGUUGUUUGGUCCUCACUGCUGCCCUGGGCAGACCAUCUCCAUUCACACGGUGUGUUGAGUUGCACAACCUCCUGGGACACCCCUCACUCCCACCCUUUCCUUCACCAGAAUGUCUGUUUUGAAAUGAAAUUGCUCAUGUUUGAAGAGGGAGUUGAUAAAUUGGGCCUGAGAAUGGGAUUCCAGGCCUGGGACUCACGCCACAUCUAGGGCCAGCGGUGGCCUUAGCUUCAUUAGGGGGUAGGUAGUGAAGUUUGCUUGUGGCACAUACACCUGCGUGGUUCCUUGGCUUGCAGGAAAAUAAAUGAUCGAGCUUGCAUAUGCACAAACUUAAGCACAGGACUGUGGGUUACUCCUUUAAAGGGUAUUGAAGGGCUCAGCCUUGGGUGUCUAACUCACCCUGGGACCCUUGGCAGUCCCUUUCUGAUGCGCACACAUUAUUUGAGGCACAGUUGAGCACAGGGGGCCUUUGGUUUCAGAUCUCAGAUUCUAGUCCAUGCAAGUCUUCUCUGGUCUUAAUGGCUUUUCUCCCCUUCCUCUCCCAUAAGCACCGAGCUAGGGUGUUGAUUGCAUGUCUUUGAAUAUGAAUGUGUCCUCGUAAAAUGCGAUACUGCAUGUGUGAACAUCCUCCUUAUAUAUGUGGGUUUGUGCUAUA